GGAGUUUAACAGAACAGCGUACACAAAACUUGCCUCGCCCUAGUAAUAGUUCGGUCUAAUUAUUUUGAAGUAUUUGGAUAAUAUUAGUGAUUUAUAGAUAUACAACAUCGGGAAUUUAACGCCGAAUCAUUUUAUUUGUUGAUGUGUUGACACACAAUGCCCGGUGUUUCUAGAGAAAUGAACGGCUACAGAGACUUCGAGCAAGGACAUCUCCGCACAAGUUCAUAUGCAAAUGGUUAUGAUCCAUACAGGGAAACAAGACCAAGUAAUUAUCCAUCGCCUGGACGAAGUUACGCCGGUGAUUUUCCGACAAGCCGAUCCGGUUAUUACGAUCGGUCGGCACGCUCGGAAAUUCUCCCAACAGCUCGCUCUUACGCUUUUGGGGACCAAGGUUACAGAAGACAUAAUGGUGUAGAUGAUAUAGAACAGAACAGUUUUGAUAUGGGAAUGCAGGACAGUAGCGGCCCAAUGUUUGAGGUUGACCAUUUAGCUACAUACACAAGUAAAUCAGGUACUACUCAUCCUGAAGAUGGCCUCACAAAACUUAAACAGAUGGAAAGUUCCACAGGAAUUUGGACAAUGCGAUGUAUGCUUGUCGUGGAACGAAGAAAUAUUGUUGUCAUUGACAAAGGAAAUGGGGAUGAGUUGGAGAGAUUUCCGUUAUCAGGUGUACACGAACCUACAGCCGUGUUAAAGAAUGACAAGAGGGAAACAUACAACAAUUUGGUAUUAUUCACGAUCAUCGAUGAUCCGAGACGGAAAAACGGCCCGUCGGAUAUGCACAUAUUUCAGAGUGUCAAUGCACCAGCACAAGAUAUAGUUGAUGAAAUUUUACAUGCCAAAGGUGAAGGUGGUGGCAGACGUGCACCUUAUGACCGACACAUUCCGCCCCCUCCAAGUGGACCUGCGCCGGAACCUCCUUAUGGCAAGUCUCUAAACAUACGCGAGACAAAUAGAUACGUUGAUCCCUAUAACGAUGUGCCUCCGAUCGAGUCGCGUCUCCAAGAAAAGAGGAUGGGCGAAUCCACCAAACUCUUGGAGACGGGCAGAUUUAAUGAUGCGAGCCGAUGGAUUCAUGAAUAUUAUGCAACUGGUGGUAAACCAAGAGACCGAACACCAUCCCCAACCCGGGACUCAUGGCGAGAUGUCCAGACAAUUGGCUAUGCAGGAUUUCCAGACUUAGGGAAUAAUUACUCCCACAGACAAGCCUUCCGGUUAGAAAGUAAUCAAUAUGUGAAACCCAAUUCCAUGGCAGGGACGCCAUUUGGAACCUGGAGCGGGAAAAAUUUCGAUCCGGAUGGAAAAACAGCACGUAAGAACAAGAAAGGGAAGAAAUGGUUCACUUUCAGUUCGAAUAAAAACAGCGUAAAGAAGUCUAAAGGAGGUAAAGAAAAUGCUGGAUACGAAUACAGUAGCUCCACCUUGCCUUUAAUGAGGUCUGUUUCAAAUGGGAACAUUUACGCGGGCUCUUCAAACUCCUUGAGACGUUCCAUGAAGAACAGUAUGGAGGCGGGGUUAACAACAAAUAUGUUGACCAAUGGGCAAGAAGGAUUUGAUAUGGUUGAUACAGGUAGGGGAUACGGGCAGUCACGUGGUGACUUCAGGGCCUCAUAUAUUCACAGGGAGGAUAUGGACACUGGACAAAACGAGGCCCUAGAAAGGGAUGUGAUGAAAUGUUAUUAUUUUAAUCUGUUUAUUACAGAUGGAAUGUUAAUGAUGAGAGCACGACCACCACCAGCGGAUGAUUUUAUAGAUAUCUUCCAGAAAUUUAAAUUUGCCUUCAAUCUUCUGGCAAAAUUGAAGGCACACAUUCAUGACCCAAAUGCACCGGAACUUGUUCACUUCCUGUUUACUCCAUUAAGUCUGAUCUACGAAGCUAGUCGUGACCCAAUUCAUGGGGGUCGUGACCUCAGUAGCGAAGCUGUCGCCCCUUUGUUGUUGUACGAUGCCAAACAAUUAUUGCUGAACUGCCUAACAUCAAAAGAGCUGGAAUUGUGGCAGAGACUAGGUCGUCCAUGGACAUUAGUCAAAGAUGAAUGGUCUGGAAAUGUGCCCUCGUAUAACCCCCGGUUCUAUAAGGAUAGAAAUAUACCCUACCCUGAUCCUUUCCUUGCAUCACGGCGGGAAGAUCCGUAUAUACGGCAAUCAGAGAAGCGCGCUGAUCCGUACCGAAGGACAGAACGUCAGGAAGAUCCUUACAGAAUGACAGAAAGGCGUGAUGACCCCUACAGGUCAACAGAAAGGCCUGAAGACCCUUACAGAAUGACAGAAAGGCGAGAGGAUCCCUACAGGUCAACAGAAAGACGUGAAGACCCGUACACUCGCGAAAUAAGAAAUGGUCGAUCGGAGAGAAGGGACGAUUACAACCGACCUCCAUCACCGACUCCGGCCAGAAAUUAUGAAGCAGAUCAGUCUGAUUUUUAUUCAACAUUUUGGAGUAAGCGUACGAGUGCACGAGAACCAGUUGUGGCACCAAGAACUCGCGCAGAAGAAAACAUGUCAUUUUCACAGGAAUUGAAACGCAUGGGAGCAACUAUAUAUGAAGCAAUUCAUGAAAGAACUGGCAAAAACCAAAAAGAGUUGACAGUGGAAAAAGGGGAUAUUGUACAGGUAUUAGACAAGUCCAGGAAUUGGUGGAAGUUAAAGAAUUAUCAGGGGGAAACAGGCUACGCACCUUACACAAUUUUAAAAGAAUAUCAACCGAGGGAUGAUUUUGAUAAUGGAGGCGGCGGUGGUGGACAAAGACGUCUGAGUGGAGAUUAUAGCAGUUAUAUAAAUGGCGGUGCUCCGCCACCACCUCCCCUACCCGCAGCAGGAUCAACUAGACCAGCGAGCCGCGGAGAGUCUGAAAGACGCCAGCGUGAACCCCCUGCUGAGAUGCGACAGACGAGACCACCCCAAAAUAACAGACUACAUGGAGAAAAGAGUAUGUACUCAGAAGACCUUCAUAAUGAGCUACGACAUAAGAUGAACACUAGUGAUGACCGGAUGAGUCCAAGAGGAAGGGAGGACAGGAUGUCCUACGAUGAGAGGGCACACCAAUCGUCCCCACGCAGACAGAGUGGGGGAAGCCCAAGGAGUCCGUUGGCAAACAGACGCAGCACUAAUAUUUCCCAAUAUUCUACAGCAGAUGAAGUCAGAGAUUGGAUUGAAAUGAAAGGAUUUUCAAGAAGAUGUAUGGAUCUCCUGUAUGGUUACAAUGGGCUUGACCUUUUUGGACUUGACAAACACGAGUUGGAGAGACUUCUGGGAAGGGACGAGGGGCGUCACCUCGACAGUUUGCUCAUGGUCCAGAAGAAUAAUGCUGGGUUUCGGACAAGGGGAGCAUCUGAGUUGCGCGCAAUAUUAGAACGUAGGAAGGAACGGUCUGACACCAACGGUGUACGUGAUGAUGGUUUUGGCUCACGUCCAAGUUUUAUGCCAGAAACACCCCCAGACUACUCGCCACCAGAAUCCGAAGCUUCCUCGGAUGAUUUCGGAGAUGCGGGAAAGACGUUACGUAAUCUUUUGGAACGUCAGAGAAAGAAGUUACAACAGGUUGGAUACAACGGCCCAUACCAGUGAUUUCCAGCUUAUAUAAUACCAGUGAUUGAUGAAUCAACUAACCAGUGAUGUCCUUAUAUACUAAACUAUUACGUGCUUCCAGUGAUUGAUUGAUCAAUAUUACAGUAUUGAUCACUACCAGUAAUUGAUCAGUGAUUGAUAGAUCAAUAUAAUAAUGAUGAUUUCUUCCGGAAAUUGAUCAAUGAUUUGUAAAUCAUAUAUAUUAUUGCUGUCACCUAUUAGUGAAUGAUAAAAUGAAUAGAAUUGAAGUUGUUUAACAGUGAAUGAUACAGUGAUUGAUAAAUCAAUAUCAGUACUUCCUUCACCAGUGAGUAAUAAUAAAUCAUUGGAACUAUGAGUGAUGUCCCACAUUUGUAUUUGUUACAUCGGAUUUUCCUCUUACAAGUGAUUUGUAGAUCGGUGUUAGUUAGCGUCCUCUACCAGUGAUUGAUAUUGAUUUAAAAGAUGAUAAACCCUAAAAGUGAUUGAUAGAUCAGUUAAUAUCCUCUACCAGUGAUUGAUAUUGAUUCAACAGUGAUAAACCCUACUUAUGAUUGAUAAAUCAAUAGGAAAUACAUGUAUAUAUCCUCCAAUCAAUGACAUAUAAAUAAAUAUAACACAGUGAUUAACAAAUUAAUAUAACUUUGAUAUCCUGUACCAGUGAUUGAUAUAUAUCAAUGUAAAAAUACAUGUAGAUUUUACCAGACUUAUGAAUCAAUGUAAAUUAAAUGUCUUUUUUCCAGUGACUUAUACUGUAUAUCAAUAUAAAAGUGAUGUUCAAUUCCAGUUACUUACAUAAAUAAUUGUAUAAAUGAUAAGCACUGCAGGUGACCAAAUAUUUUUAAAAAAAUCUUUGUCUUUUUAAAUUUAAAACAUUUUUUUAAAGGAACUCCACUGAGGUUCAAAAGCCUGAAAAAGUUAAUUUGGAUUUUGUACAUGGAUCAGCUGGGGCAAUUGAAACAAAAAGAUAUACAAAAGACAAUUAAGAACUACUAAAAAAAUAAAUUGAAAAUCUUAUUUUUGUGCCAAUUUCUCAACCCGUUUUGAGUUAAAAGAGUUGAGAUGUUUUCAAUUUUUCGUCAUUUUUUCAUGAUAAGAAUAAUUAUUCUGGAAAAAUGCACUUAUGAUCUGAAAUUUUGCACUCAAGCUACAUCAAAUGGUACACAAAUCUUGGAAAAGGAUUUCCUGUUCUGUCAUGUCAAAAAACCUCAAUGGAGUCCCUUUAAAUAAAUCAUGUAUGACUGAAGGUGUUAUUUUAAAAUUGCUCUUACUGUCAAGUUUCAUUUUCAUAAAUUGAAAGUAAGAUAAAAUUAUGUUAUAUAAUUGUAUAUAAUAUCCAACUCUUUUCUUAUAAUACUGUAUGUAUAUGUGAUAUAUUCAUGUUUAUAUUUUUGUUAUUUUUACAUUAAUGCAAUGCAUUUCUAGCUGGACACUUU